AUGCGGCGGGACGGCCCCCGCCGCCGCCCCAUUGGGCCCGGCGGGUUCGGGCCGGUCGUCGGGGCGGGGCCGGGGGAAAGGACCGGCGGGCGGGAGCGCGCCCCGCGCCUGGGAUCGGGAAAGCGCCGCUUUCGCAUCUGUGGGGCGCAGCUCCCCACCGACGACCGGCCACGGAAGGAGUUUUCUCUUUGUUCUUGAAGACAUUCCAGCAGCUGCGUAUCUUUUAUUGUUGAUCUUUUAUUGCCACGAAUCUCUGUGAAGACAAGUUAUGUCAACAACUACUUUAAUUAAUUUGGUACGAAACGGAGGGUAUCAAGUAAGAAGGAGAGCCGUGCUGACGUCCCGCCUCUUGCAAGACGAGAAGCGCCCGAUAGCCGCAUGCUACAGCUCCACCUCCGAGCGCCGUGCUUCCCGCUUCGAUUCAGACGGGAGCGGGCGACCUACCACAUGGGACACCUUUGGCAUCUGGGACAAUCGCAUUGACGAACCUAUUCUCCUCCCACCAAGCAUAAAGUAUGGGAAGCCGAUUCCGAAAGUCAGCCUGGACAAUGUGGGCUGUGCUAGCCAUAUUGGGAAGCGUAAGGAAAAUGAAGACCGGUUUGAUUAUGCUCAGCUGACAGAGGAUGUCCUAUACUUUGCAGUAUACGAUGGACACGGCGGGGCAGCAGCAGCAGACUUCUGUGAUAAGUACAUGGAAAAAUAUAUUAAAGAAUUUCUUGCUCAGGAAGAGAACUUGGAAAAUGUUUUGAGCAAAGCUUUUCUAGAAAUAAACAAAGCAUAUGAAAGGCACGCUCAUCUCUCUGCUGAUGCAACUCUGAUGAACUCUGGGACCACUGCAACAGUGGCUCUGCUCCGGGACGGUAUUGAGCUCGUUGUGGCAAGUGUGGGAGACAGUCGUGCUCUGCUGUGUCGCAAGGGAAAGGCCAUGAAACUCACCAUUGACCAUACUCCAGAAAGAAAGGAGGAGAAGGAAAGGAUUAAGAAGUGCGGUGGCUUUGUUGCCUGGAACAGCUUGGGACAGCCUCAUGUGAACGGUAGACUUGCAAUGACGCGGAGCAUAGGAGAUUUGGAUCUUAAAAACAGUGGUGUGAUAGCCCAGCCAGAAACAAAAAGGGUUCAGUUGCAUCAUGCAGACGACAGCUUCCUGGUCCUUACUACAGAUGGUAUUAACUUCAUGGUGAACAGUCAGGAGAUCUGCGACUUCAUUAACCAGUGCCAUGAUCCUGCCGAAGCUGCCCACGUUGUUACUGAGCAGGCAAUGCAAUUCGGCACUGAAGACAACAGCACAGUUGUCAUAGUGCCAUUUGGAGCAUGGGGAAAGUACAAAAAUGGUGAGAUCAACUUCUCCUUCAGCCGCAGUUUUGCUUCCAGCGGGAGGUGGGCGUGAAGACCUGCCACAGCUAUCUUUUCCUGCCAUAAUCUGGACACAGCGUGCUACAGGAGAACACAUCCAUCUGUUCAUAGGUUGACUCGGUGUCUUGUCCAUCUCUUCUGUUCCCAGUGUUAUAGAAGAUGCCACUGUUCCCUCGGUGCAUAAUGCCCUGUUGUUGCUUAUGGCUGUUGCAUUUUGCUGCAUUUAUUUAUUCCAGUCGGCAUUGAGGCAGCUAUUCCUUUGGUUUUGUAGCCCCAGCAGCUCUGCACAUCACUUAGUUCCCAUAGACGAGGCUCUGGGCUUUCACCGAAGGCUAGAGGUGUUGCACAAUUGUUUCCUACCGACUUGUGUUACCCAGGACCCUUAGUUACCUGGCAGCUGUAUAAGUCUUGAGUCUCUGAGCCACAUGCUGGCUUCUUUGUAUGUUAAUACACGGGGGAACAAACGCACAGUGUUCUUAGGUAGACAAAAAGCAGGUUUGUUGUCUUCCUCUGCUGUGCAGCCAGCCAAAACUCCCCUGUGCUUCAGAAGAAGCAGGUGAAAAAUAAGGGAGAAGUUUCAGAAGUGUUUAGGUUCUGAUGCCAGUGGCAUUUGGUGUAGCUGAACAGCUUCCUGAGACAGUGCUGCUUUGCAGGGCUUUAUGCUCUCACUGCCAUCAUCCGUGAUCCUCUAGCUCUAAGGAGACGGAGCAGGCUGGAGCCACGUGCUGUUGGACAGAUGGGAAUGUUUCUCCAUUGUGUCUCUGUGGACCACGCAGCAGCCCCUUGCACUGGCUUGUCUCUGGUGUGCCAAUGCUUGACAGGAGCACAGAGGAGGGAAAAGCUGCACAUUUUUGAUAUCCAGAAACUCUCAUCUACUUGAAUUUCUUUCUUUUUUUUAAAAAAAGAAAACCAGCUAAUUUCUGAGAGUUUACUAAUCAAGAUUCUUUGGACGCAAGACAGGAGAGUUUAUUUCUUCAUAAAUAUAUGAGGAUUUUCCUGCCCUCUGCUGAAGGUUUCUUUCAGUUAGUUGUGAUCUCCUGUGUCUCUUCAUGUUAUACAGGGAGCUGUAAAAAUGCCCAAAGCAGGCAAGCUAGAGAAAGAAGUGAGCAUUAUAAUAGCUGUAAGGUAAUUUUUAUAAGUUUUGAGUAUCGUUUGUAGUAGAUUUCAGAUAUUCAGACAUCAGAAAGUAGUUUUAUACUUAAAGGAAGCAUUUCCACUUCCCUUUCCGGAGGGAGUCUGCGUCCAGUGAGGCACAGGGGGCCAGAGCUCUGAGCCAGCUCGUAUCACUGCUGUGACACAGACUGCAGGUGACGUGUUGGCAUCAGAUGGAGAUCUGCUCCAGCGUGUCUCCUUCAGACCUUCUUCCUCCGCCUCACAUCAAAUGUGCAGCUCCUGUGGCCUCCGAGUCACCCUGUUUCAAUGAAAUAUGGGCAGAGAAGAACUGGGCUUUCCUCAGGCUUGCCGCAAUAUUUUUAAUUCUAUGGAUGUGUCCAACAGCACAAUUGUAAAAACAAAACAAAGUGAAAGAGAAGUUGCCUGAUACUAAAUCACCUUGCAAUAAGGAAAAGUAUAUCUGAGAUGCGUGGCCUGAUUCUCAUUUUGCAGCGUGAAGCACGCAUCUUCGUUACUUUUAGCCCUUUCCUUUGAGACCAGGGUUACACCUGAGGCAGUCAUUCCACAUGUUUUUCCUUGCCUCUGGUCGAAGGCCGAGCAACACCGAGCACAGUGUUGUACUGACAGCAUUAAGUACUAGGUGUUCAGAGAGUACGCUGGUUUUGUCCCAUCACUUGUUGUAUUACGUGGUGUAUGUAAUGUGUAUAUUCGGUUUAUAAGGACGGAGCGCUUGUGAGUUGGUAUAUGUAAAUCUGUCAUACUGGCUGCUGUUGCCCAGGCCUCUGUAAUGAGCACAUCACUGGUUUACAAUAAUAACCCCUUCUCUCUCCCCAGAUUUUCCCCAGGGUUGGGGUUCAGUCGUCACCUGAAGUCAGAAUGUUUGUUAGUCCUGGGUGCAGCCUUACCUACCUGAGGCACAGGGGCACUUUCAGUUGUUAGUGCGAGCAGGUUCUCGGUCUGAGGCAAGUUUGAAGAUUCCUACAACCCAUUUGGGGCAAAAAUGGCAAAACGCAGCCUCUCCCGAUCCCUUGAGAGGUCGCACCUGGUGCUCCAGGAAUGUGGUCGUGACGGGAUUGCACUGCAGCCUUUCUCCUGCCAAAGAAGGGACCUGCUAAAACAGCAAGUGUGAGAGUUGGUAGCAAAGGGUUAACCCCAGCAGCAGCCUUACUCUGGGCACAGCCAAGGGUUAGAGUCAGGCUCUGGAGAGGGAGUUGCUAUGGGGGUGGCUUUGGUAUCAAGUGUCAGAGAGGCUGGAGCAGUGCUGCAGGGAUUUGGACAAGGUCCAUCGACACUGUCCUGUUCCAAAUGCUGCUCAUUUCUGUUGGGCCGGCUAGUCAGCUAGCCAGAGAGAAGAUAUCAAGGGCACUGGGGGCGUUUGUGACAAGCAGAUUUUUUUGAGCAGUGCUGGAUACUUGCCGAGCUGAAGACAAGGUAUUACAUGCAGGCUGCUAAUGAAAAGCAUUGCCAAUGAAGAGCAGGUGCCCUGAGGAAUGACCUGGCAGUUAAAAGUAGCUUCUAAAUAUUGACCCAGGCGUAACACGACAGUUUUUCUUCUCACUGGAGGUUUUGGGGCAUUUUUUGGUUUAUACCUAUCUGGUUGCCUGAUUGCAUAGAGAACGUAAGUGGUUGGGGGCUUUUAUUUCUUCUAACAGAGUGGUUAUCCUCUCAGGGGAAGGAUACAUCCAUAACUUUUUUUUAAAUUUUAUAAAGGAAAGGAUAUGACAGAGCUUUGCAAAAUAGAUGAUUGGAUAGAGCGGUAUUAGCGGUUGCUAUUACUGCCUUAUACAAUCAGGGAAAAACUUAGAUUAGAAAGGACUUCUGGGUGUCAUCUAGCCUAGCCUCUUGCUCAAAGCAGGGCUAACUUCAGAACUGCAUACUGCAUGAAGGGGUGUCUCCUGACAUGGAAAUGCAGUGCCUGAACAUGGAUGGGAGAAAGAAGUUAGCACACAGUGGGGUUUACCUGUGGAACCACUUAAUUGUAUUGAAGUUACUUACCAGUAUUUAACAGGCCCUCUGUAGAGCUGCCAACCAAUUUCACAAAUAAAGCAGCACAUACAUAAAACUAAGAUACGAGCCUUUUUGCUCUAAGCAAAAGUGAAUCAAUAACUGACAGGAGAUUACAGAGAUGCAUUUCGUACGCACAGGUUAUUCCCUGCCCUGUUCACUCUAGUUUUCUGCAUCUCGUUCUGAAGUAAAUGAGCUACUGAUGAAGAUGACAUGCUUUGCCAAGCGGCCCAGUAGUCCGCUGUUCCUCCUUCCAUUAAGAACAGAGGUACCUUCACACUGGUUUGUGUGGAUUCUUUACUUCAUGCUGUGCAUGGCAAGACUCUUAAGUGCCAGCUUGAAAAGCAUAGUGUUUUGUAGAAACACUCCAUUACCGGGACCGUUGGUCUCUGCCUCCUGAAGCACAAUGCUGCUUUUUCCUGACAAGAUGACAGUGAACUUCCUCAAGAUUUAGUGCCAACUGCAGCAAGCCUUCUUUUUCUCCAAGAAGUCGAGAAAAGCCUGCAACUUUCUGGGUGAUGGAUUUUUUCAUCAUUUGACACUUCUCUCUGAAGAGUAUUAGAACAAGUCCCUGCCCUUGCAUUUCAGGUUUGAGGCUCUUUGGACACUGAAACCGUGUUGGCAGAAUGAGCUUUGCCAACACAUUUGUGUGUUGGGUGGGACACAGGUGGUGUACGGCACUGAAUUCAGAGUCCGUGGAGUAAAGCCAUGUUGGGGAAAAUGGAAGCGGUGUGUAGUAGUGGUACCAGAGGAUCAAAUUCGCAGUGCUGCAGGAACGUCUGGCCAGCAAACCUCGGCAUAUUGUUCUCCACCAGAGCUAGGUACUGCUCGGCUGUGAUAAAGGUGCACUUCUAGGUUUUUUCCUAUUUAGUGAAUAAGCCUCCUGCUGCCUAUAGCAGCUCUGCAAGCAACCAGCGUUUCACCCCAGGGACCAGUGAAAUUCUCUUGCCUAGCAGAAAGCUCUUUCAUCUUGGAGACAAAGAGCAAAUUGUCCAAACAGCAGCAGCUGCCUAUCAGAGCGGUUUAUUGUUGAAAGAUCGCUAGAUGUAUCUUACACUUUGAAAGAAAUGAAACCGACUCUCAGUUUGCUCUCUAGCUCCCCAUCUUUUCCAUCCAUCUAUUGUUUCAAUGAAAAGAACGAUAUUUUUUGUUUAUUACAGACUGAACUGAACAUUAAGGGUGGCCUAGUGAGCAAACCAUAACAAGCGUUUGCUUUUUUCCUGCCUUUUAGGAAUAGAUUCUCAACUCCUUUGGGUCUGGUAAGAGUAUUUUCUUGCCUGAACACUCCCCCUGGAGCAGUGGUGUAUCUCACUGUACAGGCACUGCAGGAGGCUGGGCUGGAGGUGCAGAAAGACGGAAAAAUGCUGUCCACCUAGAUACUUGGUUUUACUAUGAGGAUAUAGAAGGCACAGGGGGUCCUCAUGUUGCUGGAGGAUUUACUAGGACAGGUGCUGAGACUGCGACUGGAGUUCCAGCUCGGUCUCUCCACCACCUGGAAAAAGGGGUUUUGUGCUUUGUAGAAGGAACUCACUAAAAUGUCAUUUGCAGCCUUGAUUUAGGAGAGCUGGUCUCUCUGGAAGGUGAACAUAGUGCAAGAGGUUGACAUGGGGAUGAGAUCCAACAGUUUGUUUAAUACAGGGUCCUCGAUACAAUCAAUCCCUUUUGUUUGAAAAGCUCAGGGUUGGAGAACAAUCACGGAGCACAGUUUGUGGUUGAGAACAGGGGUGUGGGGAGAAAUCAGCAAUAUUACUGAUUUUUACAUACUUAGGGGAAAUGAAAAUUGUAAGGAGCUUAGACUCACCACAGGAUUUCCGCUGACUUCCAUGGGGUCAGGGUAUCAGAUCACCUUUUCUGUCUCAGCAGGCGAAUGUGCUGCGGUCAAAAGCAUUGGGAUUUCUAGUUAAGGGAGAAGCACAAACCAAGAGUACCAGUGAAACUGGUUUAAUAUUAAUUUUUCUUAAACAAACUCAGUUGGACACUGUUAGGUCCAUUGGUCACUCACCCAACAAGCCGAAUGUAUGGUAUAGCAACACUCUGGGUAUUCCUUGGUUCCGAAGCUGCUGUUCUCAAUGCAGAGAUAUCCACCCAGGAUAUUGAGUGCUUGGGCGGCAGCGCGUGUCAUAAAUUUCUACAGACUUAAGUGCAAUUGCGUACAUUUGUUACAUAGUUUGCCUUAGGACUGUGUAUAAUUCCUGUGGUUUGAUGUUUAUGUUUGGUGUAAUCAGUGUCCACAAUUCAUCUACUUCUUCAUUUUAGAGAGGUGUCCAUUUUGCCUUUGUUUUUUUUUUUUUUUUUUUUUUUUUUUUAAAAUGUUUGUUCAUCAACUCAAAGCUACAGUGGAGCAGAUAAGUCUACACUGGAAUGCUUAAAAGAUCUUUUAAUAAAUAAUUGGCUUCUAGAGUUGUGUCACUACAAAUGGAUU